CAAUGAAAAGUCAACAUAAAACAUGUUAAACAAUUAUUUAACAUUGUUUGACUCAUGAGGCAGAGACACUGGGAUCCCAUCAUUCCAAGAGCAGUUUUCCCCACGAGCUGAAGUUCCUUGGGAAGCAGAUAGCGCUCCAGCAUCAUGAGCCUUUACCACAGCCGAGUGCUUGGAGUGCCACCCUCGGCGCUCAAUUUCCCCAAUUCGUCCCUGAUUUACUUGUAUGGAGGCGACGGCGGUACCAUUCUUCCCGCUUUGGGCUUCCUCCCAACUCGGCAGGAAUCUCUGCAAAAACCUCCGUACAGCUACAUUGCACUUAUCGCUAUGGCCAUCAAGAGCGCACCAGACAAGCGCGCAACGCUGAGCGGCAUUUACCAGUUCAUAAUGGACGGCUUCCCCUAUUACCAUGACAACAAGCAGGGCUGGCAGAACUCAAUACGCCACAACCUCUCUCUAAACGACUGUUUCAUCAAGGUACCGAGAGAAAAGGGCCGUACCGGGAAAGGCAGCUACUGGACUUUGGACACCAAAUGUCUAGACAUGUUCGAGAACGGGAACUAUAGACGGAGGAAGAGAAAACUAAAGGGCCAAGAGACUGCAGAGUACAAAACUACUUACAAGAGGAAAAGAGGUCCAGUCUCCACGAACCCGUCAGGACAGGAUAGGAGGCCCAUUCAUAACGUUCCAGCUGAUGCUCACCCGAGGAUGGGUAGGCCUAUGUCAGCUGGAGAUUGGGCUGUGGUGGGCACGGAGGUGAAACAACAACAUAGACAUUUUGAGCAACGUAGUUCAGAUUUAAAACAUGUUCUUGGUGAGUUCAACAAUGUUGGGAUGCAGCAAAGUGGGUCUGUCCAUGGCCAAAAAUGUAAUGUGCAGAAUCAAAUCCAAACGGAAUCCAUGCAGGACAUGUAUGGCACACAAUCAGCUGACGCGCUACACGGUCCAAGGUGCAUACCCGUUCAGGAGCACAGGGUCUGUUUGGACACAGCGCAUCUGUCAGGAGCGUCUUCCCUCCAUGCGAGUGAAGCAGACAACAGUAGACUAGCCUUUGAUAGGAGGGAGAAUGGGCCUCCUAUCCUGUCCGGUUGCACGGAGAACUUGAACUCAUCUAUGCUGUGUAGAACAAUGGAAAUUAUACCCACUGUCCCUAGCAGAGCAACGGACAAAUCCAAAGGUUUUAGCAUAGACAGUAUCCUGUCAAAAAAGGGAAACCAAAUGCACAAAAGCAGCGUUGGUGUAACAACAGAGGCAGGCUUGUACCCCCAAAGUCACCAAUUCAAGCUGAUGGGAUUCCCGCUUUGCAGUUACUUAUCGCUCACGUGCCCUGAGAAAGUUCUACAUUUUAAAUAGGCAGAGUGAUAUGCUAAAUAAUAAUAAUAUAAUGGGAACAUCUAAAAAAUAUAUAUAUAUAUAUUGCAAGAUAUUACUCGCGAGUGUUACCAUUUUGAUACAGUGGGGAGAGAGAAAAUGACUUCGACAAUUAUAUUUUUCAGGCGCCAAUAAAGACAUGAUUGCGAUUAUUGUUAUUAUAGGCUAACCUCUCUUCCGAUGUGCAGCUGCGCAUAAAAUACCAUUGUAGUUCCUCUUUCAGUUGAUUUAUCGUCAUGAGAGAACAGUUAAUAAACGCCCAAGAGUGUACAGAUGUUGUUUUAGUAAAUGUAAAUGUUUAGGAAAACUAUGGUUUAUAUGUAGGAGCUCUGAGCUUGUCAUCUAAGUGCCUGCCAUUUGACUGUUGUGUGUGUUAUAUUCUGUUCUGCUUCUCAGAUGUUGAAUUUAGAUGUUAAAGUGGACAUACGUUUUUUUCAGCUACCUUCUAAAAAACGAUGUAAAAUGUUAUUUUUUCCCAUCUUGAAUGUAAAAUAAAAGUGUAAUAAACUAAAAAAAUACAUCGCAAGUCAGCUUGAUUUUAUUCCAUGAAAAUAGACAUAAGUAAAUUGAAAGAAAGGACAGUACAAAGUAACACAUUCAAUCUUAGCCUAUUAAACUGAAAGAUCAUUACAGUCAUGUACUCUAUUAUAAACUGGGUGGUUCGAGCCAUGAAUACUGAUUUGCUGAAAGCCAUGGUAUAUCAGACCAUAUACAACAGGUCAGGUAUGACAAAACAUGUAUUUUUACUAAUCACCUUGGAAACUAGUUUAUAGUAGCAAUAAGACGCCUCAGGGCACCUGUAUCCUGGCACUCCGUGUUGUGUUGUGCAUAAGAACAGCUUUUAGCAGUGUUAUAUUGGCCAUAUACAACACCCCCUCGGGCCGUGUUGCUUAAAUAUAAUCCUGCAGCUGGUUUUCAAUGUUCUUCCUCAAACAGAUUUACACCUUUGAAUAAUAAACCAAAAUUCUGAAGGGAAAAGUGAUUUUUUUUUAAUAACCCUGCACUGCAUACUACACCAGGAUGAGAGCUAUGGGCACUAGUAAACAUUCAUUUGUUUAUCAGUUAAACAAAUUCCCCAUUGCAAAAAGUGCUGUUAACACAAAUACUGAAUCAAUCAGAGCAUUGCCAUCUGUUUCCUUGAGGCCACAUGUGAUUUACAGUGAAUUAAAGUUGUUAUGGUAUUGAACU